UGGUGGGCCUUAACCCCUUUUGUUGUCUCGAGGAUAGUCAAACAAUGGCAUGCUGCCGCUGGUUAUGCUCAAACCCUCACGUAAACACACACAACACAACCAGCGACAAGACCAUAACCUGGCGUCCAUGUUGAAAAUCAGCACACGGAAAUUCAUAAUUUGUUAGGCAAAGGUGCUUAGGGCACCCACCAUAAUUCCUGUCUCAGUUACUGGUAAUACCGUUACUUGUAUGAUGUCACUAUCGUGCAUUGGCCGUACACCCUCGAUACUCAACGCUUUCCUGUUUCUGCUGCUACUCUACCCUCAGUCAUCCGCCACAGAGGUGUGUGGUAAUUCUACCUUGACCGACUGCAAGAACGACGGGGUGUGUCUUGGGGAUGGAACGUGUGAAUGCCCAGGUGGAUACGCCGGUCCGAAGUGCGAAACUGCGGUUGUGAGCGUGGCCAUUCUGGUUCUGGUAUGCAUCAUGCCCAUGAUAACGUGGACCAUCAUCUGUGGCUACGGAUGGAGAAGUUGUAAGUUUGAAACAUCUCUGAAUGGUAUACAAUACCGUGCAAGGGUCAGGAGAAGGCGCCGGCGUCGGGCAAGAGCUGGCAGUGCCCCGGACGCAGAGGCAAACGCGCCUGUAGACGAUGACCCACCCGGAUACUACCAGGCCGUGUACGAGAACCCCGUGGUCACUGGUCUGGGCGAAAACCCCGAUUGGACUACUCCUCCAAGCAACUACUUGGAGCUCCCACCACACUACGAGGACCUCAUCAACGCAAUCAAAUCAACCGAGGACAUGCCGACUCCGGUGAUAAUACAGAUGGAGCCUGCUGAGGCCGGGGAAUGUUCGAGGCCCGUGGGGGAUUUGGAGACUUUGACAGGAGAGCCCAGGAGGUUGAGAGGCGGACCUCAAACUCAGAGCGACCAAAAUGAGGACUCCGAGGUCCCCGACGAGCUUCCAAGUCAGAUAGGAGCAACUCGAGGGUUGAACUGCGAUUGUGAGAUCGGUAGGGAUGACUCUUCCAAUUCAUGUAUGGAUCAAGGGACUCCGGAUGACGAACCAUCUUCAUUUGGAACACAUUCCAGGCCGGCAAGCGAGGAAGGAGCACCACCUAACCAGAGGGAAACUGAAGAUGACCCCUCAUUGGAAAUCCCGAGUGAAACAGCAUCAGGAACCAGGGCCAAAAUAUCAUUAUCAAAGAAAGAACAAAACCAAAGAGGAUCUGAGGACAAAACUUACGAAGACGUAUCAAACAAAAGGGCAUCUGAAGAUAUAUCUUCCUCGAAGGGUUCCGACGUACCUAAAGAGGGUUCCAACUCAUGGGGCUCCGAGGGUGUAUUUAGCCGUAUGGAUUCCAAUGAGGAAUCGACCCCAGAGUGUUCCGAGGACUUCAUUAACCCAGAGGGCUCCGAAGAGUUACCUGCCAACCAAAGGGUAUCUGAGGACGCACUUUACAAAAAGGAACAAAGUUCUCAAUGAAAAAGACAACAUACUAAAAAACUAACUAGCUGCGAUUUUCUUUCAAAGAAAACGGCGAUACCAAAUUUGAAGAUAAAAAGGCGCGCCAAGUCUACUAAAAAAACAAAUGGUGUACAGUCCAGAUUGUUCGAAUUAUUGCACCUGCUUCAGAACAAGAUUUUGGACCUGAGUGUUAUUGGUACCCGCUAUUUUUCACGCAUACUGCGGAUUACCAAUGAAGCUGAAUAUGCAGCAUCUAAGUGCGCCCACGCACCUUAACAAGCUUUUCAUUGAGUGCAGGAUUCACAGUAGUAUUCUAUUGUUGCCGAGAAAAAAAGGUUCUCAACAGUUUGGGGUUUUUUUUAUAUGAGGAGCAAUUUUAGUAUAAAUUGUAAACAUCCGUAGAAGUAUUGCAUUUUGCUGUCACGAAUUUAACACGUUCAGCCUAAACUGCAAUCUUAAUUUAUUAAUCUUUACACAUUCAUACGUAAAAAAGUAUUUCAAUAUUGAUGUUCUAAAACAUAUUUUACAUAUAAUAUUUAUGACAUUUAUACCUUUUUUAUAUAACAAUAGUCAAGAAUGUAUUCAUGACCGCUUUUUAAUGUGUUUAGAUUUCCCUAGUGUGUAUACAGAAUAACGUUUUUCCUAGUACAUGUACAUUGUAUAAAGUUAUUAACAGUGUUGUUUUCAAUUGUAAUAUCGUUUCUUUUUUCAUUUCGUGAAACUUUCAUCGCAAUAUUACAUGUAUAAUUUUGAAGUACCCCUUAUCUUUUCAUUCUAUUUAAAAUGUGCAGUAUUCUCGCAGCGAAGUGCAUUUCAAUGUACGACUACGUAAGCCGCUAUAUAUUUUCUUCUUUUUCGCGGUUCUUCUUUCGACUUUUAAAACAAGGAUCAUCUCGAAUUAGACCAUUUUAUGCGUCUUUGUAUUUAUUUAUUUUA